AUGGCCCUCACCCAGGCGGUGCACGGGAGGGGCGUGUCUUCCCCCGCCGCUCCGGUAGCGGCGAUAACGGCCCUGGCCGCCGCCAGCACCAGGAGCGCGCCGAGGAUGCGCUGGUUAACGGGUGCUCUUUUUUCUCUCCUCCCCCUCUCCCACUCCCCUCCCUGUUUCCUUUACCAGCUUGUGAACACCUUCUUUAGUUUCCUGAGGCGUAAAACGGAUUUCUUCACUGGUGGAGAAGAUGGAGUAGCAGAGAAGCUGAUCACAGAUACCUUCAACCAUCACAACAAACUAGCUCAGAAGGAGCGGAAGGAGAAGAAGGCUCGGCAAGAGGCAGAGCGGCGUGAAAAGGCAGAGAGAGCCGCGAAACUUGCUAAAGAAAAGCAAGAAGCCAACGAGCCGAGGAUUAAGGAACUGACAGAUGAGGAAGCAGAAAGGCUGCAGCUGGAAAUCAACCAGAAGAAAGAGGUACAAGGACAGAUUAACAAUGUCCCGAUGAAACCCUCGGAGGAUGAAGGGGAAUCUACGGAUUCUAACAAACAGGAAACAGAUGAUGAAGAGGAAGAUGAGAAGGAUAAAGGAAAAAUUAAACCCAACUCUGGUAAUGGAGCUGACCUUCCAAAUUACAGAUGGACACAGACUCUUUCAGAGCUGGAUCUGGCCGUCCUUUUCAAGGUGAACUUCAGGUUGAAGGGGAAGGACGUGGUGGUGGAUAUCCAGAGACGGCGCCUCCGAGUUGGCCUGAAGGGCCAUCCGCCUGUCAUCGACGGAGAGCUUUUCAAUGAAGUGAAGGUGGAGGAGAGCUCCUGGCUGAUUGAAGAUGGUAAAACAGUCACCGUGCACCUGGAGAAGAUCAACAAGAUGGAGUGGUGGAACAAACUUGUCUCCACAGACCCAGAAAUCAACACCAAGAAAAUUAAUCCAGAGAACUCAAAGUUGUCAGACCUGGACAGCGAGACUCGCAGCAUGGUGGAGAAAAUGAUGUACGAUCAGCGACAGAAAUCCAUGGGCCUCCCCACCUCUGAUGAACAGAAGAAGCAAGACAUUUUGAAAAAGUUCAUGGAACAGCAUCCAGAAAUGGACUUUUCAAAGGCUAAAUUCAACUGAGUCCUCCCCUUCUCCCCCCUGUUUAAGUCAUCCCAUUGAAUGAGGCAGUAACGUUUUGCCGGAUAUCCCUUACCUUGGGCAAGUACAAACACUUCAGCAUCCCCACCCGAGCUUGCUGCCCUGGCAGCUUCAUGACGUUGUCCUCAGUUUUGCUGCGUCGAGCAGAGUGCGAGGCCACAGAACC